UCAAACUUGAGUCAUUUGUGUACCAGCCUUUACGAUUAUUACCGAAUUCUCGUUCCACACUUGUGUUUACUGCAUUUUUCUUGAAAUUGACUCAUUUUUUUGAAAAAGCACUUAAGUAGUGCUGCUUAUAUUAGCAUCGCCCCAAGCAGUACCCGUGAAAUCUUGGGUUUGAUGUACUGAUUAUGGGUUUUUUCCUAAUAAAUACUUAGAUGUGAAAAAUCGAAAAGUUUAAUUGUGUACCGUAUGAAACGGACUGGUAUACCGCACCUGGGAAACAGCACUGUAUUAAUUAUUAUAUAUUAUGGGGAUCCGGUUUUAAUCUCCUAUAGUCCGGGCUUGAUGACAAUUCAGUUCAACAGUGUUUUCCUGAGUACCAGCUGUGUGCCAGGCACUGUGCUAGGCACUUGGGAAGAGGCCAGGAUUAAAAUGAAUACCCCAUGUUUCCCCAUCACCAGAAGAGUCUGGGCAGAGAUUGGACUACACCGUGGGAGAAUCUGCAAAGGUGUUGCUGGAACAGACAUAUUUCUAGUUGUAUGAGGUGGCCUGGACAUUAUUCUCGUGCUCCUUACCCAUACUUCAGUAGUAGGCAUUUUUCACUACAUUGGAGACCACCUUGUUUGUUUGAGUCUAGAACUCCGUUUCAGUACUGGAACUGGAGACCUGACAGCCUGAGCCACAGCUCUUUGAUUCAUCUCUCUAGUUACAUCAUGAACUCUGAGGGAGAUGAGCCUUCAUCAAAACGAAGAAAACACCAAGGCACAAUACAACGGCAUUGGGAAUAUAUAUGUAACCAUAAUAAAGACAAGACGAAGAUCCUAGGAGACAAAAAUGUUGACCCCAAAUGUGAAGACAGCGAUAACAAGUUUGACUUCUCAGUGAUGUCCUAUAAUAUACUUUCACAAGAUUUAUUGGAAGACAAUUCACACCUCUAUAGACACUGCCGGCAGCCAGUUUUACACUGGAGUUUUAGGUUUCCCAAUAUUUUGAAAGAAAUUAAACACUUCGAUGCAGAUGUACUUUGUUUGCAAGAAGUUCAAGAAGAUCAUUAUGGAGCAGAAAUCAGACCCAGUUUGGAAUCUUUGGGUUAUCACUGUGAAUACAAGAUGCGGACAGGAAGGAAACCCGACGGCUGUGCCAUUUGCUUCAAACAUUCCAAGUUUUCACUCUUAUCAGUGAACCCAGUGGAAUUCUACCGCCGUGAUGUCCCUCUGUUGGACAGAGACAACGUUGGAUUAGUGUUACUCCUGCAGCCCAAACUUCCACGUGCUGCCUCUCCUGUGAUCUGUGUAGCUAACACACAUCUCUUGUAUAAUCCAAGGCGAGGGGAUAUUAAGCUGACCCAACUGGCGAUGCUUCUGGCAGAGAUUUCCAGUGUUGCCCAUCAGAAAGACGGCAGCUUCUGCCCUAUCGUCAUGUGCGGUGACUUUAAUUCUGUUCCUGGUUCUCCGCUCUAUAGUUUUAUAAAGGAAGGAAAAUUGAAUUAUGAAGGACUCGCCAUCGGAAAGGUAUCUGGCCAGGAACAGUCUUCACGGGGACAAAGAAUUUUAUCUAUUCCAAUUUGGCCCCCAAACCUAGGUAUCUCACAGAACUGUGUGUAUGAGGUACAGCAGUUACCAAAAGUAGAAAAGACAGAUGGUGAUCUGACACAAACAGAGCUGGACAAAACAGAGGUCCUAGUGACAGCUGAAAAAUUAUCUUCAAAUUUACACCACCAUUUCAGCUUGUCGUCUGUUUAUUCACAUUAUUUUCCUGACACUGGAAUUCCAGAAGUGACCACUUGUCAUUCCCGAAGUGCCAUAACUGUGGAUUAUAUUUUCUAUUCUGCCGAAAAGGAAGACGUUGCUGGGCAGCCAGGAGCUGAAGUUGCUCUGGUUGGUGGCUUGAAACUUCUGGCCAGACUAUCACUCCUUACAGAACAAGACUUAUGGACUGUUAAUGGACUUCCAAAUGAAAAUAACUCUUCGGAUCAUCUGCCUUUAUUGGCUAAGUUCAGACUUGAGCUGUGACUCUUCUUUGACGACACAUAUACUUUUGUGUCCCAUUUGUAUUCUUUUUCACAAAGUGUAAAAUAGCUCUUGAGAGUUUGCAUGUUUAUUUUUGCGCUGUGGAGUUUCGGAAGAGGUUCUGUUCAAGGCUUCAAACAGAUGUCGGAAGAAACAAGUUUACAACAAUUUUCUUUGUAAUAAUGAGAAAGUAUUUCCUGACCAGUGAGUUCUAAAUGCUCCCUCCUUGUUGUAAAAGAGUUGUAAAUAUUUUUUAUCCUAAAUCCCAGUAAAAUUGACAGUGAUUUUUAAAUAUAGCACAUCCUCUAGUGUUAGUAAAGAAUUUCGGUUGAUGUUUUUGGCAAGCUUUACAGUGGAUCCAAAGUAUCUCUGAGUUCUUGCAAACCACAACUCAUUUCCCUUCCAGAAGGCUUGAUUUCAUUGUGUGGACCAUCUGUUUGUCAAGUCCUAAUUCAUCUCAGAAAUCACUGGGUCGUUCACAAGUGUCUAACCAACCAUUUUAGUUUGGUUUUGAGGGGGCGUAAUGAUGCUUUCUAAAAUUGUACAAAUUGCUUAAUCCAGCUUAUUACUAUCCUGAGCCAUGUAAUGUGUCUACGUUUUGUUGGGAAAUGUAGUAGGAGAGGAGUUUUACACAUGCCCUCUCUUUUCCAUCCUGUGGGACAGGCCAUUCCAGCAUGCCGGAAAGAGGCAGAGACUGGGUUUUAACGCUUUCAUUUCCCUAGCAAUUUUUUUUUCCUUUUUUCUAUUCCAUUUCAGGAAGACAUCCCUAGGUUGGGGGAGAGACUUUAUUUUUCUGAACCAGUUCUAUAGAAAUUUAAUUUAUUAGGAAGCUUGUCUUUAGAACAAAAUGUCAGCUAUAAGAUUAUUUUGGUUUUGCCUCAGAUACUUAGGAAGCCCGCAAAACUAGUGGGGAGAUACCAACUUGGAGACCUAAUACUCGCAAGUAGUAAUUUAAGCUUAGUCGUUUUGUUUCUAAGAUGUUAGCUACUUUGUUUUCUUUUAUCAUGAGGCCGCAGUGUGCAUGGUGCUGACAUUUUUUUUUUGUAAAGUGGUUAAGAGCAGGUCUAAUUAGUCUCACAGCUGGCACUAUGUCAAUGUUUGAAUCAAAAAUUUUAAAACCGAAAAAGUGAAAAUGUCCCCUUUUUUGAGGCAUUAGGAUCAAAGAGUUAUGUGCGUUUUUACUAAGUAGUAAUUUUAUAUUUGAAUUACACCGAAUUAUAAAAGUUUCUACAAUGGGCAUUCUUCGUAGAAUGACUCCUGUGAAAUUAGAAAGCAGUAGUUCCUCCAAGUCCUGGACUUCAAAGGUUUUUGUACGAAAGUAUAUUGACUACAGUUAUUUUUUAACAAAAUAAAUCAGAUGACUACCUGAACAAAGCAUGUGGGUUAUAAGGAUUUGCCUAGUAAAAAUUGUAAUAAGCAAUUAUUUUUAAAUGUUUCAUUUCUCACUUUUUUGGGUUUUUACUUACAGUAUUACCUGUAGUUCUAAGAUUUUCCACAUUUUCUAGUAACAGUUUGCAGAAUAUUCAGUGUUCUAAUUAGCAGAUAUUGUUGCCGUCAAAUAAUAAUAGUGUAAUUAAUCCCUUUUAAUAUUGGGGAAAGAAAAAAGAAAAUUCAUUAAGUACCGCUUUGUGUUACGUGAGUUUAUUAACAAAUAAUUUUGUGUAUAGGUCAUUGUUGGCAAACUAACAUCCCUGAAAACCUCUGUGAAAACUUAAUGUUUUGUAUCCUGAUUAAUAUAUUGACUUUAGGCCCUUUUCAUGUGCUUCACUUUGUAGAGUUAAUCCAUAAAAAUGCUUUCUACUUUAACCUA